GCCCAGCCUUUGAACUUCACCGCUUUUGGCUCGUAUUCACGCUCUUCCGCUCAUUUCCAAGCCAGGUGCUUGACGACAAACCUCAGAGAGGGAGAGAGAGAGAGAGAGGGAGAGUGUGUCGCAGAAAAAAAAAAUAACACUUUAACGACUCCUGCAAACUGACUGCGGAACAUUGCUUUCACCUUUGUGGAUUUCUUUACGUGUGUGCAUCUUACAUGUAUUUUUGUUCUCCUGUAUUGCCUGCCGCAGGUCUGAAAGAGAGUUGUAACCGGACUUGAACGAACGCGCAUCAGUGUUUUAACUCUGGAAAAGCAAAAACCGGGCGCUGGAUUUUUAUUCUAUUCUCUUUUAUUUUUUGCUGUUUUCCAGCCAGACUCAGAACAUCUCAGACGUGGCAUGACUGGUAUCUGGCAUCUAGACAGGUGAAUAGUUUCCCUUCCUCCCGAAAAGAACUUUUCCUCGUCAUUAAACAUUGGGGAUAAAAAAAAGCAUAGGCUACUUUUUUUUUAAAAAAAGAUGUCAAAGCCUGCUGAUCAUAUCAAGAGACCCAUGAACGCAUUCAUGGUUUGGUCCCGGGGCCAGAGGAGAAAAAUGGCACAGGAGAAUCCCAAAAUGCACAACUCGGAGAUCAGCAAAAGACUGGGCGCCGAGUGGAAGCUGCUGUCCGAGUCUGAGAAGAGACCUUACAUCGACGAAGCCAAGAGGCUGCGCGCUCAGCACAUGAAGGAGCACCCCGACUACAAGUACAGACCCAGGCGCAAACCCAAAAACCUGCUCAAGAAGGACAGGUACGUUUUCCCUUUGCCUUACCUCGGAGACACCGACCACUUGAAGGGACUCCCCAUGUCGGCCGCGGACUCUCUGUUGAGCCACUCCGAGAAAGCCCGAGCGUUUCUGCCGCCGACGAGCGCCCCGUACUCCUUCCUCGACCCGAGCCAGUUCAGCUCCAGCGCCAUCCAGAAGAUGACGGAGAUGCCGCACGCGCUGAGCACCAGCACUUUGCCCUACGCGUCCUCUUUGGGAUACCAGAACGGCGCGUUCGGCACCCUUGGGUGCCCCAGUCAGCACACCCACACCCACCCGUCGCCCACAAACCCGGGCUACGUCGUCCCGUGUAACUGCUCGGCCUGGUCCACGUCAAGUUUACAGCCCCCGGUGGCCUACAUACUUUUUCCAGGUAUGACCAAGACUGGGAUAGACCCUUACUCAUCCACACAUGCCACUGCCAUGUAACCCUCAAAGACUCUUUUUCUUUUCUUUUUUUUAAUUCACUUGAAUACUGAAAUGCAUGUAAAUAUAAUAUGGACAGCGCGCCCAGUGAGAAGGCAUGAACAGUAUUAGCUGCCUUGGACUUGUUAUGGCAAAAAAAAAUAAGAGCGAAAAAAGAAACUUUUCCAGAAAACCAACAAGUUCCUGAGUGGUGCAGAGGAGCUGGGGCUCGGUGUGAAGGACGGUGUCCUGUGAACUGUAAGAAAUGUAAAUGUUAUAACGUUUAUGGCAGCCCGAAAAAGGAGGCCUUUAACUUUAUUUAUUGUGUACAUUUCAAUGCUGAUAUGCUGAUUUGUGUUGAUUAUCGAUAGGGAGCUCUUUUUACUUUUGACAAUUUGGCUUGCACAAUUAGCAUUCUUAUUUCCUGUAUAGGCCUAAGUAGUUUACAUUUUUGGCACACGUAAUUUUAUGAAAAAUCUCAAUCUAAAUCAGAACCUAUAGGCUGGACUAUAUACGGGUCAUAUUGUUUAUAUUGAUCACAAACUGGCACAUAAAACUAGACGGUCUAUUUAAGAUGACAAAGAGAGAAAAAAAAAAUCGUUUACGUUCAAAUGUUUUAUUUUGCUCUUUUUUUCCCCCUGUGGUUCAGUGCUAAUAUAAUCACACGCGUCAUAUUUUCGUUUUGUUGCUUUUUUAAGGAUAACUUCUAUUUGAAUUCAAGGAGUUAUAUAUGUGUAUUAUCAUCCAAGAUGGUAAUUUAAACCUGUCAUGUUAUGGAAAGGAUAAUGUAUCUAGAAGGUUGAUACCUCCUGCGCUUUGUUCAAUUGCUGAGCAAAGGCAUUUCGAAUAAAGACAAUCUGUCUUCAACGCUAUCAAUUUCCUGUAUUUGUAGCUGAUUGCUCUAAUGGGCCCUCGAUAUGGCAAAGAUAGAGGAGCACUGUGCAGGUGCUGCGGGGAAGUUAAAGCUGGCAGAAUAAGGCCUAAUAGCCUAAAUUAGAUUUCAAAUGAAUAAAAAUAGCCUCCAAAAAAAAAAAAAAUCAACAAUGUCUUUUAAAAUGUUUUUGAAACGGAAACAAUAAUUCACAAAAAAAACAGAUGUAGUCCUACGUUUGAAACACUUUUUUUUUUUUAAAUGCAACAAUUGUGAGCUUGUAUUCACAUUUCAAAAGUUAGACCCAACUUGACCCCACACUAAUCCACAGGCGUACUACUGAUGAGCUAAAUUAUGGAAACUGUCGCUUUGCAGAAUCGCAGUAGAACAAUAAUAACAUUAUUGUUGUCCAAAUCAAACCUCCUUUCUCUUUCUCUGGGCUCAUCGAAGCUGUCAAACUCCUCCUCUCUCGUUUCCCCAACAAGGCUUAAUGACCCCCCCUGUUUGGCUGCUGCUGCUCUUUCUAAUGCGUUGAAACCGGUUUGAGACAUGUCGAGCAGCCAGCAGCACGCUGCACGCGGAGGUGUGUUCGUGUUGACACUGGGAUGAACCGGUUGGGAUCCUCUGAUGUUUGACAGUUCAGGAGAGGCCUCCCUCGAGGGAUUCCGCCCAUCCGACUUGUCUGACUGCUCAAUCACUUCUUAAUUAUAGCUUUAACUAAUGAAACAAACUCAAUGGGAUGUGAUUUCCCCCAUCUUAGAACUUUGCUGGCUUGGCUGUAAAGUAGUCCAUCACUAGUGCGGUUUAAAUAUCUCUGCAUUAUGUGUUUACUUUUACAAAAAAGAAAAAAA